AUUUCUCUUGUGCCUUGUAAUGCAUAAAAGUUACAUGUUUUUACAAUGGUGUCUCUGACUUUGACGUUUAUUGAUAUCUGGCUUUUCCAAAAUUUAAAGAAAAUUUGAAUAAAAAUCCCAUUGCAGUGUGGCACUUAAAAGUACCUCACGGAGUCUAUACUAUUUCAAGACAUUAAAAACUGUCAACUAACAAAGCUUCACCGUAAGUCGUCACUCGAAGUCCUACCCGAAAAUGUCGAUGCCAAGUAGCAGUCCAGCAAAAUGUAGCGAGCUGGAGGGGGCGGUGCGCGGGGCCGUGGAGCUGAUGCGCUCCACGCUGUCGCGGCUCGCGGUGGCCGUGUCGCACGAGGACCCCGGCAGCCCGGACCUGCACGUGCUGGAGGACGCCAUGAAGCUGCUCAUCAUGCAGGCGGAGAACCUGGCCGCCACGUACCUGGGCGAGCCGCUGCGCCCGCUCGACGACAUCGACCCGCGCUACCGCCAGCACGACAUCAAGCUGCUGCAGCGCAUCAAGGCGCAGUACCUGACGCGCCAGGUCAAGGACACGCUGGUGAUGCAGCUGCAGGACCAGAUCAAGGAGCUGCGGCGCCGGCUGGCCACCUUCGAGGAGGGCGACCACGCGCUCAUGGAGCAGGAGAAGGCCGAGCGCGAGAAGCUGGCGGGGCAGGUGCAGCGCAUGGAGGAGGAGAUAGUGGCCCACAAGGAGUACUCGGCGCAGGUGCAUCGCGACCUGGCGCGCAAUGCCUCCGAGUUCCGACGCUUCAUCUCGAAGCUGGAGCACACACUCAGCACGCUCGAGGACAACUUCGAGAACCUGGAGGAGCGCACCAAGGACUGGGCCAUCUACUGCACCUACGAGAUCUUCCUGAAGGAGUGCCAGCACAUCUUCGACGAGGCCAUCUCGGGCAUGGGCUGCGCCACGACGGCGGUGAUCCGGCGCUCGGCGGCCAUGCAGAAGGCGGUGCGCGACGGCAUGAACGUGGCGACGGUGUCUCUGCUGCUGAACCUGCACAAGCGCAUCACGGGCUCCGAGGUGUGCGGGCCGGACAUGGACGUGCCCGACGUGGAGUCGCGCAUCGGCGACCUGGAGCGUAAGAUCCUGCUGCACCACGACGAGGUGAAGCUGCAGGCAGAUAACCUGCGCCUCAGCCUCAUCGACGUGAAGAAGCGCAACGACCUGCUCAAGGAGAGCCUGCUCGUGUGCCAGAAGCACAACAAGGAGCUGCAGGAGAUGCUGGACGACAGCGAGAAGCGCGGCACCCUGUGCAGCAGCGCGGCCAAGGAGCCCAACUGCUAGCCCUGCUGCUCAACCCCCCUGCUCAACCUCCCGGCUCAACCCCCCUUCCCUGCUCAACUCCCCCUCCUCCAUCGCCACGCUUCCCCUCCCGUUACGUACCGUCCUUGUGCAGCGGCACAGCCAAGGAGCCCAACUGCUAGCCCUGCUCAGCCGCCUCUUCCGCCUCAACCCCCCCGGCUCAACCCCCCUUCCCUGCUCAACCCCCUACUCCACCGCCACGCUUCCCCUCCCGUUACGUACCGUCCUUGUGCAGCGGCACGGCCAAGGAGCCCAACUGCUAACCUGCUCAACUGCCUCCACCGCCUCAACCCUCCCCCUGGCUCAACCCCCCUUCCCCGCUUAACCCCCCUCCUCCACCGCCACGCUUCCCCUCCCGUUACGUACCGUCCUUGUGCAGACGCGGCCAAGGAGCCCAACUGCUAGCCCUGCUGCUCAACCCCCCCUGCUCAACCUCUAGGCUCAACCCCCCUGCUCAACUUCCCCUCCUCCACCGCCACGCUUCCCCUCCGGACGAUUCUUGGUGGGCGACGGAAAUUAACUGGUCUUGUCUUCAUUUCACAUGGUGUAGCAAAAAACAACCAUCGCAGACUGUAACUAAGGGGACGUAGAAGCGGCAGGAAGUAUUGUGCCCCACCAUGGUUCCCCCUGUCGUGACAACUUUAUUCCCCUAUGUUUUUGGAAACCGAAAUUAUAGAGUUUUUCACAGUGUUUUAAUUUUUUAUUUUUGGUAGUUUACCAUCUAGCAUUCUUUGGUAAAAGACUUUGCUUUAAGUAAUUUUAAAGUUAUUUUUAAUGUGAUCAUUGAAUAAAUUUUACCUAACAGUA